UCCAGAGGAAGAAAAAGUAGUCCCUGAUUUCCGCCUGUGAAGCAGAAAGCGGCAUCGCAGGCAUACGCUCAUCCGAUAUAGUGGGAGAGCACUGGAAAAGGAGCAGUCAUGCCGAUGUUCAUGGUGAACACUAACGUGGCCAAAGGCGACAUCCCGCCUGCGCUGCUGUCCGAGGCCACGGAGGAGCUGGCCAAGGCGAUGGGCAAACCUGCACAGUAUAUUGCUGUGCACAUCGUCCCUGACCAAAUGAUGAUGUUUGGGGGAAAGGGAGACCCCUGUGCCCUCUGCUCCCUCCACAGUAUUGGCAAGAUCAGCGGCGCCCAGAACAAAAAUUACUCCAAACUGUUGUGUGGACUGCUCAACAAACACCUGGGCGUCUCUCCUGACAGGAUCUAUAUUAACUUUGUCGACAUGGAUGCAGCCAACGUGGCCUGGAACAACAGCACCUUCGGCUGAGCUGGAGGUGAACACAAGCUUUCAACAUAAGAGCAUUCCAGUAUUGUCCUACAUGUGUGAGCUUAGUUAAAAUUGGCUAAAUGAAGAAUCGGAGACACCCAGCAGUCCACUGGGCGAACACAAGAGUAGUUUAAAAGCACUUAGCUGGACCCCUUUCAUUGACACUGGACCUUUCACCUUGACUUCCAAUAAAGUUAACCCUAGACAUCA